UGGACUCAGUGGGACGCGCUGGGCGGGCGCAGCCAACGCCAGGUCUGGAGCUGAAUGUCUCAGACCUUCCUAUGGGGCCUGUGGAUCUCGGGCACGUUUUUUAAAAUUUUUAUAAAUUAAUUUAAAAAAAUUUAUUUUUAUUAAUUUUUAAGUUUAUUUUAUUGGAGUUCAAUUUGCCAACAUAUAGCAUAACACCCAGUGCUCAUCCCGCCAAGUGUCCCCCCCAGUGCUCGUCACCCAGUCCCCCCCCACCUCCCCUUCCACCACCCCCCUGUUCAUUUCCUAGAGUUAGGCGUCUCUCAUGUUUUGUCACCCUCACUGAUAUUUUCACUCAUUUUUAAAUUCUUCCCUCGCAGGUGUUUGGGUGGCUCAGUGGGUGAAGCGUCUGCUGUCAGCUGGGGUCAUGAUCCCACGGUCCUGGGAUUCAGUCCCAUAUUGGGGCUCCCUUCUCAAUGCGGAGUCUGCUUCUCUCUCCACCCCUCCCCCUUGUUUUCUCUCUCGAAUAAAUACAUUUUUUAUUUUAAAAAAUUUUUUUAUUCAUGAGAGACACACAGAGAGGCAGAGACACAGGGAGAGGGAGAAGCAGGCUCCCUGCAGGGAACCUGAUGCGAGACUCCAUCCCUGGACUCUGGGAUCCUGACCUGAGUCAAAGGCAGACGCUCAACCACUGAGCCCUCCAGAUGAAGGAACUGGAGCAGGGCCUGUUGAUGCAGCCAUGGGCCUGGCUACAACUUGCCGAGAACUCCCUCAUGGUCAAGGCUUAUAUCACCAAGCAGGGGUACGCCUUACUGGUUUCAGAUCUUCAACAGGUGUGGCAUGAAGAGGUGGAUGCUAGUGUGGUCAGCCAGCGAGCCAAGGAGCUGAACAAGCGCCUGACAGCUCCACCUGCAGCUUUUCUCUGUCAUUUGGAUGAUCUGCUUCGCCCACUGUUGAAGGACAGUACUUUCCCCAGCGAAGCUAUGUUCACCUGUGAUCAUGUGGCCGAGGCACUGAUACUACGGGUGCGGAGUGAACUCUCUGGUCUCCCCUUUUAUUGGAAUUUCCACUGCAUUCCCGCUAGCCCUUCCCUGGUCUCCCAGCAUUUGGUUCGUCCUCUCAUGGGCAUGAGUCUGGCCUUGCAGUGCCAAGUGAGGGAACUAGCAACCUUGCUUCGCAUGAAAGAUCUAGAGAUCCAGGACUACCAGGAGAGUGGGGCUGUGCUGAGUCGAGAUCGGUUGAAGACAGAGCCAUUUGAAGAAAAUUCCUUCUUGGAACAAUUUAUGGUAGAGAAACGACCAGAGGCAUGCAGUGUAGGCAACGGAAGACUCUUUGUCACAAAUUUACAGAGUCUGUAUAUGGCAGUCACCAGACAAGAGAUCCAAGUGAGACAGGAGCAUCUGGGCACCGAGGACCUUCAGCCAUCAAGCAGUGCCUCCCCACCAGGAGCUGAAAACCAACUUGUGAACCAGCCAGAAGAGCUGAUCUCUUCGGCACCAUCCCUCCCAGUGCCUGAGAAAGAGUCCACAGGUACUUCAGGCUCUAGGCAGAGGCCUCAGCUGUCAAAAGUGAAGAGGAAGAAGCUAAGGGGGCUCUUCAGUUAACCUGUCACUGUCUCAACUGCUGAGGACGGACUUGGAGAAUGGUUUCCUCGUGGCACCUUGAAAGGAGCUCCCAUAGCAGCAGUAUCUCCGAGACAGUGUUAUAUAGUCAGAGUCCCCGCUCCAAGGGUGAAAUAGCAGGAGUUCAUGUGCACAGGCAUGGGUCCUGUUAACCCAGGGAAUCUUGGCUCACACCCAUUGGGCAUUGACCUUCCCUAUCCAAGUGGAAGCCAGCUUCUGAGAACCCCAUACCUUCCUCUCUUUUGUUGGAGGUUCUCCAGACCCAGGAUCCUCCCAUGGACUUUAGGUACAGAGGGCAAGUCAGCCAAAACGCACACAUGCUCAGGAAGCCUCAUAUACCUUUCUCAAGAGUCCCUUGCCAGUCCCAGGUGCUCCUCAGAGACGCACUUCUCUUUUAAGCCUGGAAUAAAAAAUCCUCUGCUUUCGA